AUGUAUAUAUCUGACAGGCAAGAUGGCUACUACGGCAGGAGUGGCAGGACCACACAGGCCAACACACCAGCAGGAAAACCUCAGCACCACGGACCAGCAAACAGCAGGACCAACACAGGGCCAGACCAUCAGCCGGACCAUCACAGCAUUACCAGCACCAGCAGGACCAGCAGCGCAGGACAGCACCAGCCAGGGACCAGCCCACAGCGGACCAGCACAGCAGGGACCCAACACAUCCAGACAGCACCAGCACCAGCAGGACCAGCACAGCAGGACGCACCAGCAGGACCAGCCACAGCAGGACCAGCACCAGCAGGACCAGCACAGACAGGACUCCAGCAACCAGCAGACCAGCAACCAGCGGAGCCAGCCACAACCAGCAGGUACCAGCAACAGCAUGGAACCAGCACCAGCAGGUACCAGCCAACCAACAGGACCAGCAACAGCAGGACCAGCACCAGCAGUGGACCAGCACCAGGACCAGCAAGAACCAGCCCCAAGCAGGAACCAGGCAACCAUCACCAGCAUGGACCAGCACCAUCAGGACCAGCACCAAGGCACCAACCGCCACACAGCAGGAACCAGGCACCAAGGCCAUCAGGACCAGCAAACCGGACCAUCAGGACCAGCAACACCACAGGAACCAGCAAACAGCAGGACCAGCACCAGCAGGACCAGCACCAACCAGCAGGACCAGCACCAACAGCAGGUACCAGCACCAACACAGGACCAUCACCAACAGCAUGGGACCAGCACCAGCACAGACCAUCACCAGCAGGACCAUCAACCAGCAGUACCAGCAGCCGAGCAGGACCAGCACCAGCCAGGACCAGUCAACCAUCGGAUCCAGCACCAGCCAAGGCCACCAGCCAUUCAGGACUCCAGCACCAUCCGGACCAUCACCAGCAAACCAGCCAGGACCAUCACCAGCAGGACCACCACCAGCAGGACCAGCAACCACCAGCAUGGACCAGCAACACCCCAGCAGGAACCAGCACCCACAGGACCAGCAACACCAGCAGACCGAGCAACCAAGCAGGACAGGUCACCAGCAGGACCAAUCAGCAAAAAACACCAGACCACCAACAGCCACACCAAGCACCAAACAGCAGGACAGCAACCAAAAAGCAAAAACGGCACCACAACACAAACCGAGCAAAACACCACCAUCAACAAAAAGAACAACAACCAGCAAAACAUAAGAAAACACAUACACCACAAGGCCAAAGCCAAAUGCACCAGCAACAAAGGAAACAAGCACAAAAAAAAAACCAAAAGCAGGCACCAGACACCAAACACAAACAAAACCAGCCCAUACAACCACAACAAACCAACGCAAAGCAGCCAGCCAAACAAGCAAGGACCAGCACCACCAGCAUGGAACCAGUCAACCAACCAGCCAUGGACCAGCACCAACCAGCAGGACCAGCAACCAACCAGCAGGACCACACCAUCAAGGACCAAGCACCAUCAGUGGACCAGCAACAGCAGUACCCGCACCAGCACCAGCAUGGACCAGCAACCAACAGGAACCAGCACCAGCCAGGACCACCAACCAGCACCCAUCAGACCAGCAACCAAGCAGGACUCACACCAAGCAACCAUCCAACCAGCAGGACCAUCAAGUCCACCAGCAGGACCAGCAACCAACAGCAGGACCAUCCCACCACCAGCAGGACCAGCACCAGCAUGACCACACCAGUACCAGCACCAUCACCACCAGGACCUUCACCAGCAGGACCAGCACCAAGCAAGCCAACCUGCACCAGCCAGGACCAGGCAACCAGCAGGACCAGCACCAGCAGGACAAGCCACCAUCAGACCAGCACCAGGCACCAGCAGGAACCAGCCCGAGCCAGGACCACGGACCGCCCAGGACCAUCACCAGCAACCAGCAGGACCAGCCACCAGCCAGGACCACACCAUCAACCAACCAGGACCAGCAACCAGCAGACCAUCACCAGCAGGACCAAGCACCAGCAACCAGCAGGACCAGCACCAGCAGGACCAGCACCCAGCCAGGACCAUACCAGCAGGACCAGGCAACCAGCACCAGCAGGACCAGCACCAGCAGACCAGCACCCAGCAGGGACCUCAGCACCCAGCAGGACCAGCACCCAGCAGGAACCAGCACCAGCACCAUCAAGGACCAGCACCAGCAGGACCCGAGCACCAGCAGGACCCAGCAACACCAGCCAGGUACCACAACCAUCCAAGCCAUCUGGAACCAGCAACACCAGGCCAGGUAACCAGCAACCAGCAUGGACCAGCAACCAGCAAUGGACCAGCACCAGCAGGUACCAGCACCAAGCAUCCAGGACCAAGGCACCACCAUUGCAGCCAGGGACCAUCCCAAACCAAGCAGGACCCAGCACCCGCCAACCAGCAGUGACCAGCACCAACCAGCAGGACCAGCCAUCCAGCCAGGACCAGCACAACCAGCAGGACCCAGCAACCAGCCCAGGACCAGCAACCAGCCACCACAGGACCAGCACCAAGCAGGAAACCAGGCACCAGCAGACCAGCAACCAUCACGCACCAGGACCAGCACCAGCAGGACCAGCACCAGCAGGACCAGCAACCAGCAGGAACCAACCCCAGCAGGACCCAGCACCAAACCAGCAGGACCUAGCAACCAACCUAGCAUGGACCAGCAACCAACCAGGCAGGGAACCAGCAACCAACCAGCAUGGACCCAGCAACCAGCAGUACCGCACCAGCAGGAAACCAGCACCAGGACCAGCACGCGAGCAGGACCAGCACCAGCAGGACCAGCACCCCAGCAGACCAGCAACAGCAGGACAGCACAGCAAGGACCAGCACCAUCAAACCAGCAGGACCAGCACCAGCAGGACCACGCACCAGCAGGACAGCAACAGCCGGGACCAUCACCACAGACAGGCACCAACCCAACAGCAGGACCAGCACACAGCAGACAUCACUCAAGCAGGACCACACAGCAGACAGGCAACCAUCAGGACCAGCAACACAGGACAGCCCAGCAGGACCAGACCAGCAGGACCAGCAACAGCAGGACCAGCACAGCAACACCAGACCAGCACCAGCAGGACCAGCACCAGCUCACACAGCAGACCAGCACCAGCAGGACCAGCACCAGCAGGACCAGCACAGCAGGACCAUCACAUCCAGGACCAGACCAGCACCAGCGACCGGAACCAGCACCAGCAGGACCAGCACCAGCAGGACCAGCACAGCAGCACCAGCACCAGCAGGACCAGCACCAGCAGUGCUGGACCAGCACCAGCAGGACCAGCACCAGCAAGGACCUCACCCAGCGACCACACCACGAACCAGCAGACCACCAGCCCAGCAGGACCAGCACCAGCAGAAAAACCCCCCACCCACCGCAUGACCAGCAGGACCAUCACCAGCAGGGGACCAGCACAGCAGACCAGCAACAGCAGACCAGCAACAGCAGGACCCAGGCACCAGCAGGACCCAACAGCAGGGACCAGCAACAGCAGAACCAGCCCAGCAGGACCGCACCAGCAGGACCAGCACCAGCAGGAACCAGCAACAGCAGGACCAGCACCAGCAGGACCAGCACCAGCAGGACCAGCAACAGCAGACCAGCACAGCAGGACCAGCACAGCCAGGACCCAGCACCACAGGACCAGCAACAGCAGGCCAGCAACAGCAGGACCAGCACCAGCAGGACCAGCACAGCAAGACCAGCAACAGCAGGACCAGCACCAGCAGGACCAGCAACAGCAGGACCAGCACCAGCAGGACCAGCAACACAGGACCAGCACCAGCAGGACAUCCCAGCAGGCCAGCAACCAGCAGGACCAGCACCAGCCGGACAGCACAGCAUACCAGCCAACCAAGCAGAACCAGCACCGCAGGAGCGUCACGCACAGCACGCCUCACAGGAGUGGCGCGAGCGGCUGGGCCAGCAACAACAUCAGCGGCAGUAUAUCCCCUAAUAAAUAUUUCAGCCAAUGUAGCAUAUGCCACAAUGAAUACAACACUACUACAAAACCUGGAGAGAAGAGAAAAGUACAGAGUAUAGACUUGAGGUCAUUCAGCACUGAAAGGGAAUUUGACAGUAAAAAAGUUUGA